AUGAUUAGCCGCUGUGCCGUACCCGUAAUGCCCGUUUACCAGACACUGCACCAUCUCACACGUUCGGACGCAGCGUCCUCAACGCCAGUCGUGCGGCGAUCCACGGGCUUCUUUCGUGACACCCAGGCUGGCUUUCUACUGGAAGAACCUCCCAACGAGCCCGUAGAUGUCAACCCCAAGCGAGCCAAGAGGCAUGAACACACCCCAGGGGCCGAAACCAUGCCAAGCUACCCACGUGGCCCAGCCUGCAUUGAUUGCGGCCAGGAGUUUACCGAAUCGUUCCUGGUCAAGCACUUUGGAGUUGUGGCUUGCAACGCUUGCCGCGACGUGUACAAGGCGGGCAAGUACCGCCUUGUCACCAAGACCACGGCUUCAAAAGAAUACCUGCUGAGAGAUAGUGAGUUAUCAGGUGGGCAAAGCAGCCUACGCUUCAUCGAGCGGGACAAUCCUAAUAAUGAUACUUACAACAAGAUGAAACUCUUUCUUCUGAGUCAGGUUCAAGAGCGCUCCUACGCUCGCUACGAGGAUGAGUUUGGCCUGCAAGCAGAGCAUGACCGACGGGCAGCGGUACAGCAAGGGCACCAAGACCGUCGACGUGAAGAGCGCUUGAAGAAGCUCCGCAAGGAAACUUUGACCAGCGAGUGGCUGGCACAGCGGGUAGUACACGAGCACACAUUCAACCCUGAGGACGAGGUCUAUGAUGAGGAAGAGGAUCAGUGGACCAAAACGUGUGCUGAUUGCGGGUUCAAAGUGACCUACGAGCGUAUGUGA